AUGCGGUGGCCUCUGCAUGAUCAACUCGCAAUAGCGCACGCGCUUUUCGCCUGCAUCGCUGUGCUCUUCACGAUGCCAAUCGCACUCCUGGCUGCGCGCUAUCUCCGGCAUGGUCCUCGCUGGUUCCGCAUACACGUUAUUUUCAAUGGCAUUACGACCUUCCUUGUGAUCCUAGUCUUUGGCCUCGGCAUGGGUGCUGUUAGCACGCAGAAUUUGGGAACUCAGUUUAACGGUCCCUAUUCGGAUUUGCAUCACAAGCUCGGCCUUACGAUAUUCAUCCUCGUUCUCGCGCAGACCAUUCUCGGUAUCUUUUCGCACUACUACCCUGGUGGACACAUUUCGCGCCGCGUGCACGUCGCGUUUGGUACCAUCGUCGCCGCGGGAAUGAUUUGGGAGACGUGGGAGGGCUUGCACAACGAGUGGGCUGAGAUGAGCGUCUCGAUGACCGUGACGCCCCAGGGAGUACAGAUCGUGUUUUGGGCGGUGUUUAUGGUGCUGGCCAUUGCGUAUGGAGCGGCGGUUGGGCAAGUUGCGCUGCGCAAGGUUGCGGUGCAAACGUAUGAGGAUGUGAAGUCGGACGAGAAGCUCCCAAUUUCUGUACCAUGA